AUGACGAAAUCAAGUAUUACAUUACCUCUUCUCUUUACACUCCUCACCUUCAUCGAUGUCUCAUCGGGUGCCUCCAACGUAUUCAACGUUGUUAGCUUCGGGGCCAAACCUGACGGUGUGACAGAUUCGACGGGAGCCUUCCUCAAGGCAUGGCGAGCGGCUUGUAGCUCGGCAGCUGCAUCCACCGUGAUGGUUCCAACUGGGACAUUUAUGGUGAAGGGAAUAACGUUUGGAGGGCCAUGCAAGAGUAGGCUGAAGUUUCAAGUGGCUGGAACUGUCGUUGCUCCGCCAGAUUACAGGGCAUUUGGAAACUCUGGCUACUGGAUUCUUUUCAACAAGGUUAGCAAAAUCUCACUUAUUGGUGGGACGUUUGACGCUAGAGCUAGUGGGUUCUGGGCUUGCCGAAAAUCUGGUCAGAGUUGUCCUCCAGGUGUUAGGUCAAUAUCCUUUAACUCGGGCAAAGACGUGAUCAUAAGUGGAGUCAAAUCAAUGAACAGCCAGGUCACUCAUAUGACUCUCAACGGUUGCACCAAUGUGGCCGUCCGUAAUGUGAAGCUAGUGGCUCCAGGGAAUAGCCCAAACACCGACGGUUUCCACGUUCAAUUCUCCACAGGAGUCACAUUCACAGGAAGCACCGUUCAGACCGGAGAUGAUUGUGUUGCUAUUGGUGCUGGUACCCGCAACUUCCUCAUCUCUAAACUUGCUUGUGGCCCAGGUCACGGUGUUAGUAUCGGGAGCUUGGCAAAGGAACUGAACGAAGAUGGAGUAGAGAAUGUGACACUAUCGAGUUCGGUAUUCACAGGCACACAAAACGGAGUGAGGAUAAAGUCGUGGGCGAGACCGAGUAACGGAUUCGUUAAGAACGUCUUCUUCCAAAAUCUAAUCAUGAGGAACGUCCAAAACCCUAUCAUAAUCGACCAAAACUAUUGUCCUUCACACAAAGGUUGCCCCACCGAGCAUUCGGGGGUGAAGAUUAGCCAAGUAACGUAUAAGAACAUACAAGGAACGUCCGCGACGCAGCAAGCGAUGAAACUGGUAUGCAGCCAGAGCAAUCCAUGUACAGGAAUCACAUUACAAGACAUUAAGCUUACGUACAAAAGCGGAACUCCUGCUACGUCCUACUGUUUCAAUGCUGUUGGGACUAGUCUCGGUGUUAUUCAACCUACUAGUUGUCUAAACCGAUAA